GUGGAUUCGGUAGUAUAUAUAAAGCUAUUUGGGCUGAUGGACGUAUUGUAAAAUGGGACCACGAAAAAAAUAAAUGGCAUCGAGCUAUAGGAUUAAUCGACGAUAAUUGGAAAUAUAAAGAAUCUUCAAGUCGAAAUAGUAAUAGCUUAAAAACUGGCCUUUUGGUUGCAUUAAAAAGGCUCAACGAUUCAUCAAAGAUUAAUGAUAAAUUCUUAAAUGAAUUGAAAUAUCACUUAAAUGCUUUUAAGAUGACAGAUUUUUUAUUACCACUACUUGGAAUUACUCGAGAUCCCGAAAAUUUAGAAUAUAUAAUUGUGAUGAAUUAUGUACAUGGAGGGAGUUUAAGAAAUAAUUUACAUCAAAUAUACAGGGUGAAUUGGAAAAAACGAUUGUUUAUUUUAAAUUCAAUUAUAUUUGGACUCAUUGGAAUUCAUCGAAUAAGAAUAGUUCAUAAAGAUUUACACAGUGGAAAUAUACUCAUGUGUAAUGCUUUUAAUGAAAAUGAUGAUUGGAACAUUUCUUUAGUAAGUGAUCUUGGAUUAUCUCAACCAGUUCGUUUUAGACCACAAAUUGCUAAUCAUGUACCGCAAUUUUACGCAUCUUUAAUUAAAAGAUGUUGGGAUAUGGAUCCUUCGAAACGUCCAAAAGCUACUGAAUUACUGAACACUAUAUACAAUUGUUGGGAAAAUUAUGAUAAGAAUAUUGAAGAUAUAAGAGAUGACAAAAUUAAGCAAGCUAUCAUACAAUUUCGAAAUGCUGAUAAGAAACUUCAAGAAAUUUCUGAUUUAAAGGUUCAAUCAACUAUACAACAUUCAGAGGCAUAUUUUACAAGCAGAGUUAUUAAUUUAUCUGGAUUAAAUGAUAGUAUUGCUAAAUAUAAAGAGAAUGAAGAAA